UGACGACAACACUGUCAGGUUUGGUAAAAACUACAGCUGGAAAAAAUAGAAAGAGAAAGAUGCCUUGAAAGAGUGUGAGUGUAAGCUAUCAUUGAGUUUAAUAAAGUCACACUUUUCACGUUGUUGUGAUUAACAGUUAAUAUUAAUCAACACUUGUCUGUUAACCCACUAUAAUUCAGUCAAUCGAUAAAUUCUGGGAAUUAACUAGUUGUUUAUCGUCGUGUUUUUUUCUUAUUCUAGAUUUUUUAGACUUCUUUAGAUUCUCUUAUUUUGAUUACAUGCCUGUUAACAUCUAUUAAUAAUUAACCAUGGGCAAAGGACAAAGAACAAAAGGCAACACAAGGCCUGCCAACUCUUUAAGAUCUGCACAGUUGUUGUCAUCUACUCUUGGAAGUGCACCAAUCAAUACCUUCAUUGGAUUUGAUGCUUUGAAAGAACCAAGUGAUGGAGCAAUUGGCAAUUCCAGUAUUGGUUCUCUCGUUGAGGAGGAAGAAGUUGACGCUGAUUUCAAGCUGAUAAUCAAACAAAUGUAUAAGAAGGAUUCAAUCACCAAGAUAAAGUCCUUGCAGAAAUUUGCUGAAUACUGCAAUGAAAAAGAUUAUAAUUCCGUUAAGACUGUCCUUUCCAUGUGGCCAAGAAUUUUUAAUAAACUAGCAAUUGACAAUGAUUUUAGAGUGAGAGAAACAACCUUUCAAGCACAGGAAGCUCUGGUCAAAAAAUUAGGCAAAAAUAUUGCACCAAUCCUCAAGCAAAUAAUCGCAAUUUGGGUCGUUUCACUUCACGAUACUUAUGCUGUUUCAGCUAGUGCUGCUAAAGCAUCUUUUUCAGUAUCUUUUUCGCCUUCAAAGCAAACAGAGGUUCUACAGUUUUGCAAGGAAGAAAUUAUAAAUUACUGCAAAGAUGUACUUUUAAUUCAGACCAUUGCAACUAUAGAUGAUCCAAGUACUGUGUCUACAAUCGAUCGUGAAGCCAAAUAUAAUCGUCUUGUCAGUGCAAGUCUACAGACCAUAACUCUUCUAAUCACCUCGAUCAGUCAACUUGAGAGUAUUAAAGAUCACUUGGAUAGUUUGAUCAAUCAUGAUAAUUUUUGGAAACUGGCAAAAUUUGAAGAUGUCACUGUUAAAGUUAACUGGUAUCGCCUCAAAUCAAUCAUUUGUGAAAAACUUCCAUCAAUUAUUGUUAAAAAUGAAGCAAAAUUUACAUCGACAACAUUGCUCUUCAUCGCUGAAAAAGAUCUGCUGCUAUCAGCUGCUAUUUGGGACAAUGUCUUAUGGAUUCUCGUCACAAUAGAUGAGUGGUGGAAACAUGUCAAUUUAACAAAAGGGUUUCUUCCUCAUCUAAGGAAAUUUAUCAGAGAUGGUGGCUAUGGAAAUGCUUCUACAGUUUUCCCGAACCUACUACCGAUGCUCAGCAAAUUUCCUUUCAAUGUGCUUGAAAAUCGUACUAAAUUUUGUUAUGAUUUCAUCGAAUCUUUUGAGUUUUGCAUUCUUAAUUCCAAUCAUUCUACUAAGGAAUAUACCGGUAUAGUCAAGGCUUAUUUUGAAUGUAUGCAAUAUUUACUGGCAAAAAUAAACUCUGAUAAAGUAGAGGAGGAACUUAAUUCCACUGUUUGUGAACGAAUUUUAGCUUGUGUGGAUCAAAUGCUAUUGAAUUGGAAUGAUAUUUAUUGCUUGUAUCUGAGUGAACUUACUUCAUUUAUUUCCUUAUCAAAGGAUCCUGAAUUAUCAAAUAAUUUAACAAAUCAAAUUGAGACCAGAUUAUUAAAAAUUGUUGAAGAUUCUGUUGAUGAGGCAGAAAAACUUGAUUUAGUUUUAAAAUUACUUUCAUCAAUUCUACGAAUUAACCAAGAAAGAUUACCUAGACGAGUUAAAUUUGAAGAGGAUAUUGAGGAUGACCAAGCCACUUCGGAAGAAAAGACGACCAUGAAAACAAUCAUUUUUAAAGGUUCUCUGUUUAAAGUAUGGCAAAGAUUACUGGAAAUGACUUUAACCAGAGAGAUUCAAUCUCAUUGGCUUAACUCUCUUAAAAUGGUUCAAGAGUUAUGCAUAUCCGUUUUCAAGGAAGCUGGAGACGUAUUCCCAGCUUGUGAUUAUCUUGGCGAAUUUAAAGAUUUGUUGAAUCGACAAGCUAAUUUCACCUCAAUAUCUACCCGAAGUGUCAACUAUAAACAUAUCAUCAACUUGAUGUUGAAUUGCUGCACAGACUAUUCCAGCAUUAGUGAAAUACUUUCCUACUUGUGUUCCAAUGGCGAUGAAAUCAUGAUAAACUUACUCGAAACUUUGCCUAAUCGAAUUGAAAAAGACCAAUUUCUACAAGAGUGGUUCAAAUCACCUGAAAUAUCACUGCUAUUAACUCAAACUUUGCAAAGUACACUGGAUGAUCUCGAUGAUAAAGUGAAUAACAAUUUAUAUUUAGAAUUCGUCAGUUUUGCUUUUCAAGUUGACGACAUUCACUAUCCAACGAUCAAUACAAUUUCUAAGAUGUUAUUCGAUGCCUUAAAAAAUUCUUCAUCUGACGACCAUUCUCGCCAUAUUGUGCUGUUAGUUAAAACACUUUUAGAUCGAUACCCAUUUUCUGCCCAGCUUGAUUCAACUACUGAAUUAAUUUUAAAGAUUUCACAAAUGAGUCUUAAUACAUGCAACUCUGAAAAAAUACCUCAACUUUACUCAUCAACAUUAUUGAAUGGAUUGAAAGCAGUUCUUGAAUACAACGAUGAAGAACAAGUUUCUUUGUUAUUUAAUGGCCUAUCUGAUUUAAUCAAAGAAGCUGUAUCUGCCGAAGAUAUUGACUGGGAAAAAUCUGAGCGUAUCUUAGAAAUUGUUAACCUUGUUCUACUAUCCGUCCAAAAAGACCGUCAAACCUCAAGACAACCCACAUAUUUGGAUAAAUUUUGGAAUAAUAUGCUUCCUGAGUCAGAUUAUUUGGUUCAGAGAGUUUCAUCUAUUGGAGUCAAAGUUUACUUUCCUCUGUGGGUUCGUGGUAAAGUUUUAAUUCACCCUGGAUUGAACUUUGCAACGGAUAGCUGUUACUUUGAUUAUUCAUUCACCUGCACUAUUAUGUCGAUCACAAAGAUUUUAAAAAUUAUGCCCUGUUCGACUGAAUCGUUCAAUAGACUGUUACCGUUUGCCUGUUUCACUUUGUCAGCAAUGGAAUUGAAUUCUAAAAAUUUAAACAUCUCUCAUAAGAAUGAAAUCUUUGAGCAUUUGACUGAUUUCGUAUCAAAUCGUGUUGAACAUCUUAAUAGAGAUGAAAUGAUCAGUAUGCUAAAAGUCUUAACUAAAACAGAUCCUGAAGGAGCAAUUGCAUUAGCUAUAGGACUUGGACCAGCUUUGCGUUUAUCUUCAAAACUGAGCUCUGUCAAUUCAGUAUGGAAUCUCACAGAAUUUGAUGUAUCAUCAAUCACCAUAUUUCAAUUGCUGGGCCGAUAUUUUGAUCCCGAUGAGAUAAUUAGUUUAUCGCAAACAACUUUGAAAUUUGUGCUUUGCCAGGAUGAUCCUGAUAAAUUACAUCAAUUUUAUGGUCAACUAUCUGUUUUGAAUACAUGCCUCAAUUUAGUUGAAGUACCUCCCAAUGAUUUAGUCUGCCCAAUUCUUGACCAUCUAUCAACGUUGAAAGAUAAAAAAGAAGGAGCUUUAUUACUCGAAUGUUCUCUAGAUGAUAAAUCCGAACAAGCUAUCCUCUUCACUAUCGAACUAAUGAAAUUGUAUAAUACGAUUAUCAAGAAGUAUCGUAAUAACCUUACUCUUGAACAAAAGGAUUUAAUUAUCAUUUCAGUUACUGCUUGGUCAAUAACGUUAGUCAGUAGUGAUCUAAAAUCAUUUCACAAUCCAGCAAAGAUGAUAUUGUUCUGCUCCUUUUGCGAUCUCUUCCUGUCCAUUCAGAAUGCAAUCGAGAGUCAAGGAGAUUCAUUUAGUUCAGUUCGUGAGUGGACCGAUUUUCAUCUGAUUAGAAUUGCAAGAUCUUUAGUCCCUUUACUAUUCCGACUCAGCGAACUCGACUUUUCCGGUUAUCAGUUGAAUUUUAUCUCUUUACUUGGUAAAACAAUAUCAUCAAUCUGUAUAUUUGAUGUUGCUGGACUGGAAAGGGAACUUCAACAAUUCAACUAUGAUGAGAAGACUUUUUCAAAUCUCGAGAAAGCAGUUAUCUGUCCUUUGCCAAAAGAAUACGAAUCACUUUUUUUCAAGUUGAAUCAUCUUUAUGUCAAAAAAUAUCCGGCCUUCUAUUUGUGUGCUCACUAUUUUAGUCAAAGAUUAAUUCCUAUGCUGGCAUCGUCUUGUUCUGACUUUGAUAACACUUUUGAUUCCUUAGCCCCACCGAAGCCCUUUUUAUCCAAAUUACAAGAAACUGACCUGAUUGUUGAUACUUUGCUUUCUGACUAUUCUCUUGGAAUAACCUGUUGUCUCAUAAAACCUAGAACAGAUUCGUUCUGUUACACUGUUGCCUAUCUCUUGAAUUGGUUACAAAUAUUAACAUCCUUUAGUCAAUUGAAUGAUGAAAAUCGAUCAUCCUUAGCUGGAUUCUUGACGGAUUCUGGUUACAUUUCAAAUUUACUUAAUAACCUUUUCAAGUUGAUGCCUAUUGCACCUGAUGACCAAGUUUCAGAUGAGGCGAACUUCAUUCGAAAUGUGUUGACAGUUACUCGCCUUGAUGAACUGGAUGAAGAUAGUCAUAUCCAAGCAAUCUCGUGUUUAGUUUAUUUUCAUAUUUUACGGAAAAUGCCUGCUUGUGUCAGAAUGUGGCUCAGCAAAUUAGAUAAAAAAACUUCUGAAACCGUUAAUAGGUUUACAACAUCAACUAUGAGUGAUUUAAUCUGUGCUGAAGAGUUUCAUGCGAUUCAAAAUGCUAAUGCAGAUAAAUUUAAAAAUAUUAAGGUGAAGGCUCGUCAUUCAGCGAAAGAAGUAGUUGCCAUUUAUGAAAUUGAAGAUAUGUCUAUCGAAUUAACUAUUAAAUUUGCCGAUAAUCAUCCUUUAACUCCUGUUACUAUUGACGGAGGUAAAAGAGUUGGUGUUAGUGUUCCUGAAUGGAGAAACUGGCUUCUUCAAGUAACUUCAUUCUUAACUCAUCAGAAUGGAACUGUUCUAGAUGGUCUGAUUCUAUGGAAUAGAAACAUGUGUAAAAGAUUCGAAGGACUAGAGGAAUGUGUAAUUUGUUAUUUCAUUUUACAUGGUUCUAAUUGUCAACUGCCUAAAUUAACUUGUAGAAGUUGUAAAAAGAAAUUCCAUUCAGCUUGUCUGUACAAAUGGUUUGAAAAAAGUAAUCAAUCAUCGUGUCCACUUUGUAGGAAUCCAUUUGUUUUCAACAAACCCAGUAAUCAAGCUGGCCCUUCUAAUCAACAACAACAGCAGCAGCAACAGCAACAAUUGCAAAAUUUUAAUUAACUUACACAUGUUAUUAAUAUUGUUGAGCUAUUUACUUAUUGUAAAGAAAUAAAUUUUUUAUCACACGAAAAACGAGUCCAUACUCAUACGAAAUUUAAUCGAUACGAUGGUAAUAAUUCAAAUCAUUGAUCAGAAGCUAAGAAACUCAC